ACCAAACCGACAAAGUAGUAUAAACAAUGUGGGUCAUGCAUAAGAACGGCAAAAACUUUCAAACAACAGUAAACAAUAAUGUUCAUAAAUUUAGAUUGCUCAUUGUUCUGAUUGUGUUGCUUAAUUUCAACCUUGUCACCACAUAAAAUUUAAGUGUUUGUGAGGGAACUUUGCUCAUUAGGCUUAACUCAGUGAACCAAUCAGUUCACUUGCUCCACGUAAUUUAGCAAUAUUAAGAAAUCAAUUCAAGGUAAUUUGCCAGUUGAAGGAAGGGAUAUGUUUAUGCGUUCUUACAAAUAAGCAUAUUCUCUUAAUCGCGCUUUCUCAAAGGCUGAUUGGUUAUGUUUUACGACGAUCUUAGAGCAAUCGUUGAAAACUUUUCGUUUCGCAUUCAUUCAAUAACUCCAUAGACCAGUCUUACCAAUAAGGAUUACGUUAUAAGCAUGAAAGGGAGGACAGUAUUUCUGAGUCUGUUCUUCGUACUUUCAAUUCCAAAAGACAUAGGAGCAGAUUCCUACUCUGAAUUUCUUGGUAGACUUGGACUGUCUCAAGAAGAGGAAAAUUUGCCAGAAGGACUUCUCGACACCGUUAAACUCGUGGCGUCCUAUUUCGAUAAAGGACGACGAGAAGCGAAUGAAGGCGACUGGAAAGACGAACAACAAAAGUGGUUGCAACGAGGGGAAGAUAUUAAAUCAUACACGAAGGAUACAUUGACAGCAUUUUUUGAGAAAGUAGGCAAGGACCCAAUCGAAUAUAUUAGUGUUUUGCUGGACGUCCCCAUUAAUAUUGUGUCCAGCCUGAUUGAAAAGGCCCCUUGGUCAGACUGGAAGAAACUUUUUGAAAUUUACUCAAAAAACCCAGCUUUGCUUCGAAGAGUUGCUCGAGUCAACAAGGAAAGGAUAUUUUUCUUCUAUUCCAUCGUCGGUGACACAAACGAGCUCAAGACCAAUAUUAAGAAUUUCUUAGAGUAUGCGACUAUAUUCGACAGCAUUCGCGAAUUCUUGAGUGUUUUAAUACAAGACGACGUGGUUGAUUCGACCGCACCUGAUCCUCCUGCUCACCUCAAGAAUGUGAAAGCUGGAAAGUCGGCUGCAAAAUCCAAUGAUAAAAAUAAAGUCGAGCUGUAAAGCACAUAAAUCCACCUCCGUAUUAGUUAUUGAAGUCUAUAAUUUCAUCAGAAAAUUAUGUCAUUAUUUUUUGUCCAAAGUCAAAUGUAUAAAAGUUCGAAUUUUUAUUUAAACUACAAAGAA